CGAUCACCAACUUCGAAGCGCCGUUUGUUCUUGUUGUAGUGUCUUUUUAACAAAAUUUUUUCAUAAUGCUAGAACUACACUCACACCUAUGGAUCCGCAUUUCAAUUUUUUUAUUUGAUUGGUGCUGAGUUUUUAGGGCCUGCUCUAGCCUCAGACAGCGAACGGUUUGAAUUAAGUACUUUGUCCCUACUUCCACGACUCGGAGCUAAUAUCGAAGCAAAAAAUCACAGAAAAUGCUCUCCUCUCUCGACGCCAACGCGGUCAUCAGCCGCGUUGAAGGGGUUUUCCCGUCUGACAAUUUUCCUUCUACAGCAUCUACUUCAGGGUCAAAACUCCAAAAUUCAGCGGCCGUUUUGUCAACCACGAACAAGCGGAAACCGGUCGACCCGAGCCUUUCUGGCGCCGACAAAACCUUCGCUGAAGCGUUGAACAAUCAGGAUCUACUAUCCUGAGUAAAAACAUCCCCACCCCAGAGUUGUCAUGCAGAUUUGCGAUUACAGGAAUGUUUGCAAUGCGCAGCUCUACGAGAGGCAUUUCCAAUCGUGUUUUGGAAUCUGUAAUGCUGUAAACAAGAUGAGAAAGUGGCUUUCUCAUGCAGCAUCCCUUGCUAACCAGCACUACACUGCAGAUGGAAACUUGUCAUGCAUAAGUCCCAAACCUGGCAGAUUUGUGUUGCAGAUUUACCAAGAACUUGACUAUGGGGUGGGGACGUUUUUACUCAGGAUAUCUACAGCAGACGCUCGCAGCCGUGCUGGCCUUCGGUAUUCAGAAGUACAAUGAAGAGACGAGCCAAACCGAGCAAAAUAGUAACCAGGUCGUUGCGGUGAACAAAAAUCUGCUGCUGCUGGAAAGCCACUUGCUUGGCAUGGUGGAGAAGAGGAAACAGCAUGACUACGUCGCUUUCGUGUCCGAGGUUGGAAAUUUUCUGUGCAAGAGGCUCCGAAAAAACUUCCCCACAGCUGCAGGGGCGGCCGCAACGACAAAGAAUCAUGCGCCGACGUCAAGCUCAAGCGGCGACGGCAAUUGGGCCGACUCAACUACUGCAUCAACCUCCGACGACGACUAUCCUGUGCAAAAGUAUCGUACUCGUCAUAUAAAUGCAUUACAAAGUUCCUCAGCAUGAAAGAUAAAAUUUGUAAUGCGGAUUUACCUUAAGAAAAAGAUUUGUAAUGCAUGAUUGCAAUACGAGUGCGAUGCUUUUGCAAUGCAUAACGACGACAGAGACCGGUAUUUUGAGCAACUGGCCGAGUUUUACCGGCAGGAGGUGCGGAAUAUCCUGUGCAAAAGUAUCGCACUCGUAGUAAUUGCAGCCACGCAUUACAAAUCUUUUUCUAAAGGUAAAACAGCAUUACAGAUUUUAUUUCUCAUGCUGAAGAAAUUUGUAAUGCAUGUAUACGAAUACGAUACUUUUGCUUUUGCAAUUCAUACGGAAACUGCCGAAUCAAGCGUCCGACCUCCCGGUCAUGGUUCAGUUUCAAACCCUUCUAAUCACCGAGCUUCUCUUCCUGUACCGAAAACUGCAGAAGGAAGAUUUGUCCCGGUUCGUUUUAGAGAAUUUUUUCCACCCCUUCAAACGGAUCCAGCAGCUACCCUCGAAAUCGACUCGGGAAGAGUUGGUGAAAGCCGGUUUUUUGGUGGAAGAGGAGUCAAUAACGAACCAGUUGGAAUCGAAACUUGCCCUGAGCUUAUCAAAUGCAAAUAUGUCUGGGUCUGAAUCUGGAAACUUGUGAUGCUAAAAUGUGGAUGAUGGAAACGGUUCCGAAUGCAACCUAGCACGACAACUCUCCGUCUCCAGCGUAUGCAUGUACAAAAGAGGCUACGACUUUUGUUGGUUUCAUGCAAUACAGAUUUCCUAGGUAUCGAGCGCUAGCAUUACAGGUUCCAACUUUCGAGCUCCAGACCUAUAUUAGAAUGCAUAGAGCUAUUUGAACCCCAAAAUCUCCUACCCCUUCGCCGUGGAGUACGCUAGGGUUUUGCUUUCGCAGGGGAAAUUGGCGGAAUGCGUCAGAAAGUUGGAGUACGCGAUACAGUUUGUGGUGCUGGCCGCACAGAGUGGGAAGUCCUCGAGUGGAGGUGGAGAAACAAAUACAGGCAACGUCAGUCAAGAACAACCUGAAGAAGUCGAUAAUGACCCAACUACAACAUCUUCGGCGGAAAAAAUCCACGAGGCCGCGGUAAGCAGCACAAUGCAGCGGCAAUUGCGAAUCUUGCUCCGGAUGUACGUGCCGGUCAGGUUAGUGUGUGGGAGGAAUUUUCAGCCAGAUGACGUCCGAUCUGAUUUGAUAGGAGCGGAAAUAACAGCAACAGGGACGCAAGAUGAUCAAGCAGAAAUAAGGACUACCCCGAACAUCACCAACGGGGGUGACCGUGGCCCGGACUUCUUUUACAAAAAAGCGCUCACCGAAGUAUGCACAUUGCAAAAGCACCCUCGCGCGGCUCGUAGAAAUUGCUUGCAUGCAUGCAUCAAUUUGUAUUGCUGAAUUGCAUGCAUGGAUCAAUUUGUAUUGCAGCUGGCUCAAGUAUUAAGAGAGUAGAAGAUUUGGCAUGAUACAUGAAUUAUAAUUUUUGGAACAAUAACAACUACGAACUCGAGACCAUGCUUUUGCACUGCAUACGAGCUGACCGAUGGAGACUUCUACGAGAUUUUGAAGGACAAAUACGAAAAUCUGUCCAUUGCGAUAAACUCGGGGAACUUGCAGCUCUUCGAGACGGAAUUCGCGAAACACCGCCAGUUUUAUUUCGACCAAAAGUGUGAUGUGCAGAUUUUGCAAAAGGGGAAGCGCCGAUGUUGGUUCAAUUUGAUCCGAUCAGUGUACUAUCUGAUUCGGAGAAACAAGCAAAUAUCCUGUGUAAAUAAAAACGUUCCCACGACGAGGGCCCCGGAGCUGAUGAAGAAGAUGUCAUGCAGACUUUUUGUAUCUACAGACAUGACACAUUUGUAAUGCGCAUCUCCAUGAGAAAAAAACGAACGCUUUUAGUUGUGUUUUGACAUCUGUGAUGCUUCAAACGGGAUGAAGAGAUGAUGGCUUUGUGAUGUUUGUUUCCUGGCUAAACUGCUCGUCUACACUACAGGGAGAAACUUGUCAUGCGUGGCUCCCAAUAAUGCCUAAAGAUUUGUGUUACAGAAAAGUUCCUAACUUCACUUGGCCCUGGGUCAUCGCCGGGGACGCGACUACUUUUCCACAGGAUAGCCGAUGGAGAAAAUUCAAGCGGAGGAGACACCGGAGAAGGAAAUCUUGACAAUCGCGAACAAAAAGGGAAUAUCACUAGAGGUGUUCAUCCACUGUUUCCAGAAAUACGAUCCCAAAAUGGCGGCUUUUGAGGAGGAUGUGGCUGCGGCGAUUGUCGAACUGUGCAGCAUCAAGGCCUUGCGGUGCUACGGGAGCUGGAACAAAUUCGGCUUGGUUUUUGAUGAGAAAAAACCUUUUGACCAAAGGCCGCUGUUGUAAUGAAGGACAAUUUGAGUCGUGAGGGCUGUACUUAAUUACAAUUGAAGAUCACGAUGUUGGGAGCUGAAGCGCCGCUGCGUCCUGUGGUCGAAGUAGAGCAACGGCAAUUUUUUUUUAAACCAUCAGUAAGCAAUUGGACGACCGAGCACGAUUUUUUUUACAUAAAGUACUGGUGGAAUUACAGUUACACGCGUUGUUGCCAUAGAACGAACAUGAGGCAUCACCUCCUCUCGCCAAGGGCCGCUAGUGAACGAGUGGUAAAAAGAUUCAACAUCAAUAGCACCUUUGGAGCACAU